AUGUCGGCUCUGACCACGACCGCCGCCUAUAAUGUCGCGUACUUCAACCCCGCCGCUGAUGACAACGACGACAACGACGACCACCACCGCCGCCAGUUGCCACCAUCUACGCUGACGGAAGUGCAGUUGGAGAUGAGCUACGGAACGCCGGCCGCUGCCGACCACAACGCCACGUCCAGCAGAGAUAGCCUGUUGACGCCCAGAGCAUGGAUCGGAUGCCGUCAUGUCGUCACGUUCAUGUUGUUUCUCGGUAUGGCCAACGCUUACAUAAUGAGGACCAACAUGUCAGUGGCCAUAGUGGCCAUGGUUAACCAGACCGCGCUAGAAAGGGACCCGACCAUUCCGGACGACGAAUGCGAAGGGUACUACACGCCAGCCGCGAACAAAACCGUACACGGUAUGUCCAACGAAGGGUCAUUCACGUGGAGCACGUCCCAACAGGGCUAUGUUCUCAGUUCGUUCUUUUACGGUUAUGUCAUAACGCAGAUACCGUUUGGGAUACUAUCGAAGACGUAUGGUGCCAAGUACUUCCUUGGCAUCGGCAUGCUCAUCAACUCGGUAUUUGGCUUCUUGGUGCCGUUGUCCGCCAACUUCGGUAUUUUUUCGCUGAUCACCGUACGUUUCAUUCAGGGACUCGGAGAGGGUCCCAUAGUUCCCUGUACUCACGCUUUGCUCGCAAAAUGGAUCCCUCCGAACGAGAGGAGCCGAAUGGGAGCGUUUGUUUAUGCCGGAGCGCAAUUCGGCACUGUCAUUUCAAUGCCACUGAGUGGUGUGCUCUCGGAGUACGGGUUUGCCGGAGGAUGGCCAUCGAUAUUCUACGUGUUCGCCACAAUCGGCACGCUGUGGUCAGUCGCAUUUUUGUGGUUCGUACAUGAAGAUCCCGAAUCUCACCCCACCAUACCGCACGACGAAAAGAAAUACAUAAUUACUUCCGUUUGGGGAGCUGCCGGUGUGUCCUCUCCCCCCGUGCCGUGGAGAAGCAUAUUGAGGUCAGCACCGUUCUGGGCCAUAUUGGUCGCUCACAUGGGUCAAAAUUACGGAUACGAAACGCUCAUGACCGAGCUGCCGACUUUCAUGAAACAAGUGUUGCACUUCAAUAUAAAAGCCAACGGAACGUACUCGUCACUGCCGUACCUCGCCAUGUGGGUGUUCUCGAUGGCGGCCAGCCAUAUAGCUGACAUGAUGAUAUCCUCGGAGAAGUUCACGCACACCAUCACACGCAAAAUUGUGAACUCCGUCGGUCAAUUCGGUCCCGCGAUAGCGCUGAUCGCCGCGUCCUACACGGGCUGCGACCCGUACCUGACAGUGGCCAUACUGACCGUGGGAGUGGGUCUCAACGGCGGCAUUUACUCGGGUUUCAAAGUCAACCACCUGGACAUAUCGCCGCGGUUCGCCGGAAUACUGAUGAGCCUGACCAAUUGUCUGGCCAACUUGGCCGGUCUGCUGGCCCCGAUCGUCGCCGGCUACGUUAUUGACAAAAGGCCCACCCAGGCAGCCUGGAGAGUGGUGUUCAUAACGUCGGCGGUCGUGUACAUGGUGUGUUGUACGGUUUACAUGGUGUUCGGCAGCGGCACUCGUCAGCCGUGGGACAAUCCGUCCAAUGACCAAAUUAACUUUGAGCACAAGAAAAACAAGAAGAAUAACAACAUGGCCAUGGACAGCGGGGACACCGUUCAGUAA